GUUGUUGUUUUCUUUCAGAUGGAAAGAAUACGAAUGGAUCCAAACAGCGCUACAAUCGGAAAAGAGAAACUUCAUAUUCCAAAAAUGAGAACUUUUCCAGCCAGUCCCGUCGCUCCAAUUCACAGAAAAGCAAAGCUUUUAACAAGAUGCCCCCUCAGAGGGGCGGUAGCGGUGGAAGUGGCAAACUUUUUAGCUCUAGUAAUGGUGGAAGACGAGAUGAGGUAGCAGAGGCUCAACGGGCAGAGUUCAGUCCUGCCCAAUUCUCUGGUCCCAAGAAGAUUAAUCUGAACCACUUGCUGAACUUCACUUUUGAACCCCGUGGCCAAACUGGUCAUUUUGAUGGGAAUGGACAUGGCAACUGGGGGAAAAGGAACAAGUGGGGACAUAAACCUUUCAACAAGGAGCUCUUCCUACAGGCCAAGUGAGUGGAAGACUGGCAGGGCUGUUAGAUUUCUACAGAGACAGUAAGCUGCGAGGGAUGAGGAGCCAGGGAAUUGUCUGACCAUGCAUACUUGUAUUGACUUCCUCAGGGUGAAAUGACCUCUGUAGUAUUUAGUGGUCACGACUGUACUUGGAAGAAAUAAAAAUAUAUCAAGUUCCCUUCUUUGCCUAUUGACAGGAUAUCUAAUUGAGUCCUUUAGACACAAACCUGUUAGACUUCCACCUUAAUUUUCUAGCAUCGUUAGUGGAAUAUGACACUGCAUUUGGGAAGACCUAUGUAGUUUCCUUAUGCAAGAUGAUCCUUUCUUCCAAAAGUCAACAUGUUGAGAUGGUAGGGAUGUGGCAGUUGCUGAAUCAAAGCUAAUGUGAAUUUGUAAGUCCCAGAAGCAAAGACCCUGACUCUGUUUCUUAUGU